AACAACUGCUAACAUGAUUAACUAAUCUCAUCCUUAAUAACAAGUAUUCAUUCCUCCACACGUACCUAGUAUAUUAAAUUUACACUGAGAUCAAGCACAAGAUUCUCGGGCUCAAUGGAAGAAGACAAACCAUGUCCCGCGAAUGCGACAUCUCCGCUCUCCCCGCGGAAUGACACAAACCACUUGACAGCAAGGUCAUCGGUCUCGCCCUCAUCGGAUAUAUCUGGCUCGGGUUUGACGGCUACAGUUCAUGCUCUCAUCCGCCUCGUUCAAUGCUCUUGUUGCUCGCGACCUCUCCACGCGCCGCUGCGGCUUCCAUGUGGGAACACAUUAUGUCGGUCUUGCUUGCCGCCAAUUCAUGCGCGGACGGGGAUUACAUAUCCGGCGAGCGACGAACGCAAAAAGGGGUUCACAUGCCAUUGGGGUACAAAUGAUGGUUGUGCUGGGGAACACUGCUUAGGUGACUGUGGGACCGACGUGUUGUUGGGUAGGUUGGUGGAUGUUUUUGAUGCGGUACUUUGCAAUGCCAAUGCUAGCUCGGAAUCGUCUUCCCAGAAUGGACGUGGCUUCAGAGUGACAUGGACAGGGUUGAGAGGUGGUCAGCCCGGAACGGUGGCGAAAAGUGCAGAUGCUGCGGGAGGAUUACUAGACGGUAUGUACGACCUAGUCAAGUGCGGUCGUUUCGAUUAUGAUGCGUCGGAUCUCAAAAUUGAGAUGUACGAGCCUAUAAACCAAGAAAACCAGCGUUUCGAAAGACUUAAGGACGCUGUUCGGAAUGAGCUGGACUGCCAGGUCUGCUAUUCGCUUAUACUAGAUCCGUUGACAACAUCCUGUGGCCAUACCUUCUGUCGCGGAUGUGUUGCAAUGGUACUGGACCACUCUGACCUAUGCCCUGCCUGUCGCCGUAAACUGAAUAUGGCGUCGACAGUGAAGUCUGAGCCUUCUAACAAGAGAAUCUCUGACCUCAUGGAGACCUUGUUCCCUGAACAGGUCGCUUUACGAAGAGACACAAGUACCCAGGAAGUGACUGCACUCGAUAACGAAGCAACACUUCCCUUGUUUGUCAGCUCACUUUCUCUCCCAACAAUGCCAACUUUUCUGCAUGUGUUCGAGGCACGUUAUCGGCUUAUGAUGCAAAGAGUCAUGCAAAGUAGGGAGCGUAGAUUCGGCAUGGUCAUGCUUAACCGUGCCGGUCGUUUCCAGCAAGGACUUGGAAGGUCUCAAUUCAUGCAGUAUGGUACGGCUUUGGUCAUCGAUCGUUAUGAGCUGCUCCCCGAUGGGAGAAGCCUAGUGGUUGCUACUGGGCUGUACCGUUUUAAGGUGCUCAGUUCAUAUGUGCUGGACAUGUACUAUGUUGGCAGGAUACAGCGCGUGGAUGAUAUUUCGGUAAUAGAAGAGGAGAAUCAGGAGGCCUUGGAGACAUCAGUCGCGGAUGGUUCGGGUGAGCAGCCACUAGAAUCUAUGUCAACACAGCAGCUGUUCCAGUUGGGCUUGGACUUUGUAAGGAAGCAACACAGCCAAGCCGCUCCUUGGCUCCAUCCUCGUGUGCUUUUAGCGUAUGGUGAUAUUCCAACGGAAGCUUCACAUUUUCCCUGGUGGUUUGCUAGCGUGUUACCUGUCUGGGAAGAGGAAAAGUAUACGCUUCUAUCGACAACCAGUGUCAGAGAAAGAUUAAAGAUCACUGCACGUUGGGUAAGAAAGCUGGAAUCUCGUGAAUGGACGGCUCGAUCCCGGCCAUCCAUUGCCUCUGCAUUAUGACUAGCCGUCCCUCUCCUCGUCUUUGCUCUAGUCCCGGUCAUAAUGGGCCCGGUCGCAUCAUUCGUACCGUUCUCGUCAUCAAGGGUUUCGACGUAUCUCACCCCGUUUUCCAUGUCGUUCUCUGUUACCUUCGGCUCUGCCGGCUUGUCAACUGAUAAUUCGCAACAGCUGGCAGAAAAUCAGGAUUCCGAAACUUAUAUUCCGCAGACCCUUGUAAUAGGCAUUUUUCUUGCUAUGUUCGUAGCACAGGUGGCUGCUAAUGGAGUUCAAAUCCUGCGGUCGAGGCGACAAGGAAUAAUAGAAGAGCGACUGAAUGUUCAAGCCGAGCAAGAACCCCCAAGGAUACCACC